AUGAGCAGAAGCAUGAGCGGUUUGCUGGACGAGGUUGGAAGUCGCAAGGAUGAAGUCGAGACUUCCUUGCAGAAGCUGAGAGACCUCGCCUUAGGCGAGGACGGCGAGGGUAGGGAAGCGGAUGCAGAGGUCGAAAGCAAGGAGGAGACCCUCGCGGCGGUGCUGGAGGGCCUGGAGGCCGCCACGCUUCGCAGUAGCACCUGCCAGCGCCGCUUCCUUCAGCUCGACGGGCCCCAGCUUCUCCUGAGCGGUAUGGCAGCGCACCUUGAGAACAUGAAGAUACAGCUCAUCGCCUGCCGCAUUCUGCAGCAUUUGGCUUCCUUGGUGUCUUUGGAUGCGGCAGAAGUCUUGGCAGACUUUGGGGCUUGUGAGGCCAUCCAAAAGGCAUUGGAGGCACACCCAAACGUUGCGGCUUUGCACCAGGCGGCUUUGCAGGCCUUGGAGCUCCUCGCCUUCACCGGGACCGAAGCCCGCCUUAGGGCUCUUCGCUGCGGCUGUCCCGAAGUGGUGGUCGCUUCCUUGAAACGUUUUCGGACCGAUGCCCACGUUCAGCAGGCCUGCCUGGCAGCCUUGCAGGCCCUGCUAGAAGACUCUGCAGUGGGCACAUCGGAUUCAGAGGAAGAGUCCAAUUGUCAGGAGAUCGUGGCAAAGUUGGGUGGUAUCGCAGCAAUCGUGGGAGCGCUUGCAGACCACCGCGAAGAUGCGCAGCUCCAGUAUUGGGGCCAGGUAGUGCUGUCAGCACUUUGUCACGAUAAUGUGAAGCUGCGCGCUGAAGCGCAGCAGAAGUGCCACUGGCAGCGCAUCGAGAUUGACUUCGACAUUUGA